CUGUCCAAAUGUGAAUCUGAGUUACUCAAUGCACUGGAUGGUGCACAAUGUCAGCGCAGGCAGAGAAGCUAGAGCUUGAAGAGCUGGACAAAACUUUGCUAAAGAAGAAUGAACCCAAACCUCUGGGCAAGUACGAGAGAAUAAUCCAGCCAUGUGUUGCCGAGCUGGUCGGCACUACAUUUUUUGUCUUCAUCGGCUGCGUGUCUGUCAUUGAAAAUGUGGAGGCAGCCGGACGACUACAACCUGCACUUGUCCAUGGAUUGGCAGUGGCUGUGCUGGUGGCAUGUAUGGCAGAAAUCAGCGGAUCCCAUUUUAACCCUCCAUUCACCAUUGCUAUCUGGUUAUGUGGUGGAAUUCAGCUGACGAUGGUUAUUCCUUACCUUAUCAGUCAGCUUAUUGGAGGUGUGCUGGGAGCUGCAAUGUCAAAGGUUAUGACAUCACACAAGAACUACAUGAAUGCUACUGGAGCGGCCUUUACUAUUCUUGAAUCUGACGAGCAGCUGGGCAAAGUUGUGUUCGCUGAAAUGGCCAUGACUUGUCUAGUAACUAUGGUAGUGCUGCUGGGAGCUGUCAAUGGAAAGAGCAAGAGUCCCCUGGUGCCCUUCAUGGUGGGCUGCACUGUUAUUGUCAAUAUUCUGGCAGGAGGAGACAUUUCUGGCACCUGUUUGAAUCCUGCGAGAGCUUUUGGACCUGCACUGAUGGCUAACUACUGGGCUUAUCAUUGGGUUUACUGGGUCGGUCCGAUAGGGGGAGGUCUGGUGGCAGCUGCUCUUGUGAGACUUCUGCUUGGAGAUGAGAAGAUACGAGUUAUACUGAAAUGAUACUGGAGCACAUCAGCAUCUAACUGCAUCAGGACACUAAUGUCUAAUCUAACAGCACAUAUUGCAUUUAAAACUGUGAAUUAGUAUUUUUGACUUUUAUAAACAAUGACCAACACUUUAUCUUUUUUCUCCCCCCAGUAUAUGUCAGUUAAUUGUCUUUUGAUAAUGUUUUACAUUAAAGAGCCUGCUCAUCUCAAGCUGUAGUCUACAGUACAGUCUAUUUCAUAUUCUUAUAUUAUCUGUGUGUCAGUAUUGCAAUUUAUAGUAUAGUAUAGUAUAUUUGGUAGAGACCAAACAAAUCAAGUCCACUGUCCACUUUAUCAUCACUUUAAGGGUUCCCUAUCCUUUCCCCAGACACUUCUUAAUGAGUUGGUUGUUUGCAGGAAGGUAGAUCUCCAGGAACAGUACUGGACACCCCUGAAAUAUAGUCACACUUUAUUUUAAGCUUCUCACUAUUAACUACAACUUUUGCCUCAAUGAACUGCUAAGUUGCUGCUUAUCAUAACUUAGUAAGGUAGUUGUUAAGUUUAGGUGUAGGGAAGGAUUAGGUGAUCUAAAGUUAUCAUGCAGAAUAAGGCAUUGAUAUGUGUUUUGUAUGUAGUAAUAAACAGCCAAUAUGCUACAACUGUCAUAUGCAUGCUAAUUAAUUGUGAGAAUUGCUCCUUAAAAUAAAGAGUUAAGUUGUCACAAGG